AAUGAAGCUCAAAAGCAUUGUACUAAUCUAAUAUUUUGUCUUGCUAGGCAAAAAAAAAAGAAGAGAAAAAAAAAAGGAUGGUUAGGGCAUAUUCUCAAGAACACACAUACAAGCACCCAUGGGAACGAGUAACUGCCGCAUCGUGGAGAAAAUUCGCCGACCCAGAAAGCAAAAGCACCCUCUCCCACAUCCUCGAAGUUGAUACCUUGAGCCGCAAGCUUGACCGUAGUUCCGGGAAGCUCUACACGUCUCGAGCUAUAACCAUUCACGCACCAGGUCCAUGGUUUGUUCGUAAAAUCGUCGGUCAAGAUAUCUGCCACUGCAUCGAAUCAACGGUCGUAGACGCAAAAUCCCGGUCGAUGCAAAUCGCCACGCGUAAUAUCAGUCUCGACAAGUUCAUCGAAGUUGAGGAGAAGAUUAGGUACGAUCCGCACCCGGAGAAUCCAAAAGGGUGGACCGUAUGCAGUCAAGAAACGAGCAUAAGGAUAAAGCCGUUUUCAGCAUUGGCGUCAAUGGCGGAGAAGGUCGAACAGAGAUGCGUUGACAAGUUUCAGCUUAAUAGUGUUAAGGGGAGAGAGGUUAUGGAGAGGAUUUGCAACUUUCUUGAAGCCGAAUCCACAGGAAUUUCUCUCUAAUUUUUUUUUUUUUGGAGUAUUAUUUCGAUUGCUAGUUUCGAGUUUUUUGUACAACAUUAUUCGUUAUGGAUGUUCGUUUUCAAUCGCAGAUCGGCCCAAAAAAUAUUGUAACAACCAAACAUCAAAUAAGACUCGUUUAUUCCAAACGGGACGUAGAUUGUGUCCAUUCAUCGUGUUCUAAGAUAACACAUUAAAAUCGGAGUAAUGGCAGAAAAUAGAAUAGCAUCACAAGGAUUGAUUUCUGGAAGUAGAGAUAUUAUAAAGGCAAAUUAAAGCAUAAUUUACAAUCUGACAAGUCUUUCAUGGAUUGUCUUUAAAAACUAUCUAAGGAAACACAGAAAAC